GCAGAGCACACGACUGCAGGAGCUGAACUCUGAUUCCUCACGUGCGUUAUGUUCCCCUCUUUCCCUCCUGUGUUUCAGGCCAACCUCCACUGCAGGAACAUGUCUUCCUACGGACAGCUGAUCAGCUCCCGCUGCUACAACCCCUGUGAGGUGACCUGCCCGCGGCCAUAUGCCGAUGCCUGGAACGAGCCCUGCGUGACAUCCUGCGGUGACUCCAGAGCCGUGGUCUACCCACCCCCAGUGGCCAUCACCUUCCCCGGACCCAUCCUCGCCUCGUGCCCCCAGGAGAGCUACGUGGGCACCUCAGAACCCCAGUGCAUUGGCGGCCCAUACACUGCCGGCGGCUACCUGGGGUACAGAGGCUCAGUGGGCACCGGGUACUCCUACCCCUCCUAUUCCCGUCAGCUCAACAGAUACCGCUAUGGAGGCUGUGGGCCAUGCUAAAGCAGCAGGAAUAUUUUGGGGGAAAAAAAAUGCCAAGAAAUGGGUAAUAAGAUUCAGAUUCUGGAAUGAGCAGAGGGACAUUGUUUUCAGAGGCACAAAACACCCGCUGCUUCUAUUUAUUGUGGGAGCCAAGGGUGCUCAGGAGCUUUGAAACUCUAUCCAGUGCAUGAAGUUCUCUUUUCUGUAGUACUCCAUCUCUUUCCAAAUGAUGUUGAUAUGGCCUUAUUCACGUAGCAGACCAGGUAUGCAAUCAUCCAAGAUCCACUCCCCAUGAUCAGAGUGAUGUAGCAAGGAAUUAACAGCCAAUCCAAUGCGACCAUGUGUGCCAAGGUGUAUCGUCUGUCUGUGGC